AGCUUGGAUAUAUCCACGAGAAAGGUACCAGAUCUUCCGGUAUCUCCGCACCCAGAAAAGGUUUUGGGUUUGUGAAUUGGGAUAUGACCCAAAUGAGGAUCUGAUUUGAUUUCGUUGUGAUGGGGUUGUUGAAAAAUGAAGGGUACGGUGAGAUUCGGCUCCGCUUGGCGGUGUAGAGCAGAAAAAACUUUUGUCGGCGGGGACUUUCUGAGGAGCUUUUGGAUCGUCGAAGCCAUUGAAGUCGGAAGGGGUUUUGUGCGGCCGCUUUCCGCUCUCUAUGUCCACCUCGCAAAAAUAAUAAUUAAUAAUUUCCUCAUCAUCAUCAUCCUGUUCUUCUUCUUCUCUGCUCUGUCGAUUCUGGAACUGCCACGCUCUCCCAUCAACGAGCUUUUCGACUCCACCAAGGCUUUGUUUGUUAUGUCAAAAGAUUCAAAGGCUUUAGGUGUUUCUGAGGAACGUAAUAGGGAUGGACCUGAUUACUUUGGUUACUAUACAUGUCAAGUUAAAGAGCUGUUAUCAGAGGAUGAAAAUUGUCCGCCUUUGACUUCCCAAACUCCCGAGUUACCGGGAAGAGGAUUUGAUGAGGUCAAGGGGGAUUCUUUAUUUAGUAAUGGAAUUGGUAUUAAGCUGUCGGAUUUCAAAAGAGAAAAAUUGAAGACAUUGCUUCAACAAAGUGCGGUUGUUCUUAAUGCAGAAGCUAAUGAGAUGCAAGGUUCUGUUAUACAAACGAGCGGGGUACAGACACAACGAAGAAAAAAAAGUUUGUCAAGAUUAAGUGGGGCAGAAUCUGAAGAUGACAAGGGUCAGCCUCCCUCCAAGAAACUGAAACUUUGCUCUUCUUACACUUCAACUAGCCUUCCUCGACUUUCAAGUGCUCAGAAAAAUUCUGCUUGUCGCGACAAUGCAGAAGCUGCUGGUCCAGAGGAGUCUAAGGUGAAUGAUGAUUUGAAGUUCAUUCUAGAGAAUGAUAGCGAUGAGAUUGACAAGAUGAUGAUGAAACUUAGUGAUGAACUAUCUGCAAAGCUAGGGCACAUGCAGCAGCAGCUUGAGACACUUCUUGAUGAUGCGAUGUCCACCUGCAGGCCAAUGACCUUUGCUGAGAAAAAACAGCUUCAAAAGAUGAUUAAGGCAUUGCCGCGUGAAAAUCUUGACCGUGUUGCAGAACUUGUCAAACGUGGCAAGCGGGGAGAUGAAAAAUCUGAUGAUGACAUUCAUGUAGAUCUUGAAAAAGAGAAUAUUGUAACGCUUUGGAGAUUGUAUUACUACGUCAGAGCGAUCGAGAAAGCUAGGAAGCUCUCCUUAUAGAUCUCAGCAUGUACAUUGUAUCUUACUAACUAAAAAAAGUUUUCUACAACUAGACUGUCGUUAGGAGCAUCAAAAUUUUCGGUACAUCUUUCUGAAGUUUGGAAAUGAGUCUGUUUGUUGGAUUCUUGAUUUUUGGUAACGCUCCAUGUUGUGUUCAAAUCUUACUGCUAACCCUGAUGGUUUGAACACAUAAGCUGGAAAGUACAUCUUUUUGAAGUACAUAAGAGAGUUUAGCCA